CUAAGCGCAAACUCCGACACUUUCAGUGCGCAGUCAUAACUCACACGCGCCCAACAAACAUGGCUCAAAGCAAUGGAUUUGCAUGGCUGUUUUUGUUUUACAGUUUAAGCCUACUUUGCUUGGUUUUCAAGUGCAAUGCAUUUUAUCCGAGAAUCGUAAAUGGCACACAGGCCAACGAGGGCGAGUUUCCUUUUGUGGUAUCGCUGCGCCGCGCCUCCGAUGGCCGUCACAAGUGUGGCGCUUCGCUGUUGAAUCGCGUUUGGGUGCUCACCGCGGCGCACUGUGUGGUCAAAACGCAACCCGAGCAACUGAGCAUACAAUAUGGCGGCAAUGAAUUGGUUGCGAACAGCACCAAAGUGUCGAAUGUCAGUAAGAUAAUAGUGCAUGAAAAUUAUGAGCCGGGAAAUUUGCAUCUUAACGAUAUUGCGUUGUUGCGCCUGCAGACGCCACUCAAGUUUGGCUCUAAAGUGCGCGCCGUGCACCUGCCGGCAGCGCAACAGGAUACCGCCGAAGCAAUGCCGGCAGUGUUGCUUGGCUGGGGACUGAAUGCGACCGGUGGCGUCAUACAGAAACAACUGCAAAAGGUGCACCUUCAAAUAUUUAGCGAUGAAGAGUGUAGUCAACGUCACGGCACACAAUUGCACCCAACAACCAUCUGCGCCGGUGUGCCGGAAGGUGGUCGUGGGCAGUGCAGUGGCGAUUCGGGCGGUCCGUUGCUGGUUAAUGGUCAACAGGUGGGCAUUGUUUCGUGGAGUCGCAAGCCUUGCACUGUGGCGCCAUAUCCCGGUGUGUUUACGGAGCUUUCCGCCUAUGUGGAUUGGUUGCAGCAGAUGAUCGGUAAUGAUCGUGACGAUGGCGAUUGGGGCGAGAGCGAAGAGUCGUGGGAAGAAUUGACAACGGGAAAUCUCAUUAUAGUGCGUAGUAAAAAGGGUUUGACCAGCUUAUUGGCUAAACAUAAAAAGGUCUCAUUACGUCAUCGUGGCAGCCUACAACAUUUUUGUGCUGGGACACUCAUACAUCCGCAAUGGAUAUUGACAGCAGCUCACUGUUUAAUGUACACAAAGCAGCCCAAAGAACUGAUCAUACAAUAUGGUACCAAUCAACUAAAACCCGCUAAAACGAAAUUGAUGAAUAUCAGCGAAAUAAUACGACAUGAGGGAUAUAGUCACACCAUAGCAAUACAUGAUUUGGCGCUGUUGAAGUUGGAAAGCGCGAUCAUGUCUAAUGACGUCAAUCUCGUAACACUGGCUGCGGGAAAUCAAUGCUACGAAGCUUUCAAAACGAAGGCGCCGUUAUUGCUUAUCGGUUGGGGUCUAAAUGCGACACACGGCACGCUGCAGCAGCAAUUGCAAAAGGUGGAACUAGAUUUACUCUCACGCGCUGAAUGCCGCCAGCGCACACAAGCACAGCUUUACAGCACAAAUAUAUGCGCUGUAGCACCCACCGGCACUCAGCAAGGACAGUGCAAUGGUGACUCUGGUGGACCACUGCUCAUGAAUAAGCAACAAAUUGGUAUCGUUUCGUGGAGUUUAAAGCCAUGUGGCGCUUAUCCUGGCGUAUUCACGAAUGUCGCUUGUUAUGAGCAGUGGAUAAGGGAUUGUAUUGGGUAGUCGGAAAAGUC